GCGGGCGCCUCUACGGUGUGGGCGGGCGCCUCUAUGGUGUGGGCGGCCUAGAGGGGCCGACCCGCAGCUUCCGGGAAGAUGGCGGCGCGCAGGUCGGAGGGCGCACGUGUUCGCGUGGAGGGGGCCCGCGCUGACGGUUAACUCUCGGUGAGUCAGCAGUGGUGGCCCUCAGCUCUGUGUGUGCGAUAAGCCGGCCUGACCAUUCCAGAGGCAGAUGAGUGUAUAAGCCGGGUAGUGCCGUUGUCCGGCUCCAAACGCAGGAGCACCUGUGCGCCCAUAAAGAAAUGCUGCUUGUAACUGUGGCGUGGUAGGAAGAGGCCACGUUGGAGGCAGGGCUGAUGACGGUGUCUUCUCUGGUGAGGGACUGAGAAUCGGGACUCUUGUCUCACCAUGAGCGUCACCCCAGAGGUCAAGAGUCAUGGGAUGAAGUUUGCUGAGAAGCAGCUGCUAAAGCAUGGAUGGACGCAAGGCAAAGGCCUGGGCCGGAAGGAGAAUGGCAUCACCCAGGCCCUCAAGGUGACACUGAAGCAGGACACUCAUGGGGUGGGACAUGACCCUGCCAAGGAGUUCACAGACCACUGGUGGAAUGAGCUCUUCAACAAGACUGCAGCCAGCUUGGUUGUGGAAACUGGGCAGGAUGGAGUACGGCUAAGGCAUCUCUCUAAGGAGACCACCCGUUGUAGUCGUCCCAAGCCCAACAUGCUGUAUCAGAAGUUUGUGAAGACGGCCACACUGACAUCAAGUGGGGAGAAGCCAGACAAGGACUUGGAGAGCCACAGUGAUGACGACAACCAGGGACCCAAGCCUCCGAAGAUCAGUCUGACCGAUGAGAUGCUGCUCCAGGCCUGUGAAGGGCGCACGGCACACAAGGCCGCUCGUCUCGGAAUCACAAUGAAGGCUAAGCUUGCCCGGCUGGAGGCCCAGGAGCAGGCGUUCCUGGCUCGUCUCAAAGGCCAGGACCCUGGGACCCCUCAACUGCAGUCUGAGAGCAAGCCCCCCCAAAAAAAAAAGAAAAAGAAAAAGAAAGGAGACGCCACAGCAACAGCCAGGAGCGCCGACGAAGAGUGUGGGGGAGAUGCCGGCCGGGCGGACUGGAGGAGCAGGAAGAAGACAAGACGGAAGCUGGCGGCAGUGGUGGCAGAGGAGCCGGAGGGAGUGGCGGUGGGGAGUGCGGACAGGGGGGCCGCAGGAGCGAGUGCACCCGGAGAGGAGGAGAGCAGGGAACGAGCCGAUGAGCGCCACAGGAAGAGAAAGAGGAGGCAGCACCGCACAGAGGAGACGGGGGUCCCAGAUGGAGCGGCCCAAGGUCAGGAGGCUGAGGCCAGCGCCGGGACAGAGCAGGCAGAGAGUGGCACGUGCGCCGGGCUGCGGCGCAGACACAAGAGACGGCGGCGGCCGGAGGAGGGGGAUGUGAACGCAGAGGACGUGGUGGAGGGGGCCGCUGUGGACGGUGGGGCCCAGGGAGCAGCCGGCAGAGCGCACGGUGAGGGGAAGAGCAGGAAAAGCAAGAAGAGAAGACCGCGGCGCCAGGAGGAGGAGGAGGAGGAUGUAAGGGAUAAAGGGGAUGACGAGGGUGGCGGGACUCGGGAGGCCGGGAGCAGCCCAGGCGAGAGGCGGCAGCAGGGCCAGGCUGCGGUCAGCGCUGACCGGAGAGUGAGAGAGCAGCAGCAGAAGAGGAUGUGAAGGUCAGGUCAGUGUGGGGCUCCACGAACUCCCUUCGAGGAGCUGGGGACUCAGACCGGAGUUGACGGUCUCCUGCGCCCUCCCAAGGAGGAAGCAGACCACUGAACUCCAGCUGCUCAGAGCCGGGUGUGGGCAGCGUCACCUGAAGCUUCUAACCCGGAGGGCGAGAGCUCGGGCUGUGGGAAGGGGCCUGUGGACGGCCUGCCGGGGGGACAUGGUAGCUGCAGACGCAGCCCACAGGCCGCCGGCCCCCCAGACUAGAGUAAAUGACUGAGCGCCA